GCGGAGCGGAGAGGCAGCGCGCCCGCCCCAGCCCCGAGUCCGCCGCCUGGCCGCCCGCAGCCGCCGCCCCCGCCAUGGAGCAAGACCACAGCCCCCGGAAGAUCCAGUUCACCGUCCCGCUUCUGGAGCCGCACCUUGACCCCGAGGCGGCCGAGCAGAUCCGGAGGCGCCGCCCCACCCCUGCCACCCUCGUGCUGACCAGUGACCAGUCAUCCCCAGAGGUAGAUGAAGACCGGAUCCCCAACCCACUUCUCAAGUCCACUUUGUCCAUGUCUCCACGGCAACGGAAGAAGGUGACGAGGACCACACCCACAAUGAAAGAGCUCCAGAUGAUGGUUGAACAUCACCUGGGGCAACAGGAGCAGGGAGAGGAGCCUGAAGGAGCCGCUGAGAGCACAGGGACCCAGGAGUCCUGCCCACCCGGGAUCACAGACACAGCAGCGGAGUCACAGCCGGGCACCUCUGGGAAAACACACAAGCCUGCAGAAUCCAUCCCUAACACUCAGGAGAGGGGCAGUGAGAAAUCCAGCACAGAGGGACCCUCAAGCCAAUGACCACCACUGAUUGCCAGGGAGCCAACGUGGUCUGAGAGUGAGGAGGCGUCUUAGAAUCAAGCCCGCAGUUGAGAAUGCAUGGACACUGGAUUUGUUUCUUAUUUCCUCACUUUGGGGGAAAAACCUCUUGUUUUUAAAAAGUGAUAAAUUUGGUGUUAAGUC